AAGGAAGACCGAAAGCCGAAACGCAAAGUGGCAUGCAUGAUUGGCUAUUGUGGUACAGGAUAUUCAGGCAUGCAAUUCAACACCCCCCAAAAGACUAUUGAAGGAACUUUGUUUGCUGCCUUUGUCAAGGCUGGUGCGAUAUCUGCCGACAACGCAAAUGACCCUAAAAAGGUCUCUCUGUUGCGCGCUGCGCGAACCGACAAAGGUGUUCAUGCGGCAUGCAAUGUGAUUUCACUCAAGCUAAUCGUCGAGGAAGCUGGCAUGCUCGACAAGAUCAAUUCCUGUCUACCUGCAGAAAUACGUCUUUGGAAGAUUGUUAGAACCAUGAACUCCUUCAAUCCACGCACGAGCUGUGACUCUCGGAGAUACGAAUAUUUGAUUCCAACAUCGGUAUUUAUACCGUCAAGGCCUGGUGAUGCUUUGUCAGACAGGGCACACGAGUUCAAUCAGAAUACACUCUUGAAAGAUAGCGCUUCUACGUUCUGGGCUGAACUGGAUGCGCAUCUUCAGCAACUUCGGCAAUCGGAAGCGUACUGCAGGAUUACUGAUGACACAACAGACCUGGGAAAUAUUGCUCUGGACCGUUCCAUUCCAGACGAAGAGAAGCCUGCAGCUGCGGCCAAGAUGAAGCGUGAAAAGAUGCUUCGCGAAGCAGUCCACGCAUAUAAGCGCGCAUACCGCAUCUCGCCAGAACGUCUGACUGCUAUUCGACAGACUCUGGCAAUCUAUGAGGGGACCAAAAACUUCCACAAUUACACCAUCGGUCAGGAGUUCAAGCAGGCGAGCUCGAAGAGGGUGAUUCGCUCCUUCGAUGCCAGUGAACCGUUCCUCAUUGAUGGAACCGAGUGGUUUUCGCUCAAAAUCCAUGGUCAGUCUUUCAUGCUACACCAGAUUCGUAAGAUGGUCGCUAUGGUCAUGCUUGUUAUGUUAAGUGGAUGCCCGCUCGAUCGCAUGCAAAAGACUUUUGGUCCAACUAAAGUCAAUAUACCGAAAGCUCCGAGUCUGGGCCUGUUGCUGGAAAGGCCGGUAUUUGAGCAAUAUGGUCUACGAGCUAUUGAAAAUGGCAAGGAAGCGUUGAAUGUCGACGAUAUGGCCGACGAGAUGCAGUCUUUCAAGCACAAAUACAUUUACGACAAGCUGUAUGCAGAGGAAAUAUCCGAGAACACCUUCUUUACCUAUCUUGGAGGAAUUGAAGGUUUC